ACGAUUACAAAGAAUUUUUUCCCUUUUUGUCAGUUGUACAUUGUGUCGAUUUUUAUAAUGGUUUCCAUCCGUGAUAUUAGAAAUCCUUACAGCGUACUAAUUGAAGACGUCGUUAAACUCCAUUUAGCUGCGUUGACAGAAAAAGAGUUGAAAGAUGUUGUAGAACACUUUCGCGACCAAAUCCAAUCAAAUCGCGUGAUUUGUUACAUCAAGGAUAUCUAUUCUCUUGUAACAGUUUUGGAAGCUAGAAAUGUCUUGAAUUCUCAAAAUGUGGAUGCUCUGCUGGAUAUUGCAAAGCUCAUUAAUCGACCCUUGGCUGCUCAAAGAAUACAAGAUUACAAAAAACACAGAGAACUUGUUAUGCAUCCUCCGUUACCAAAGCUAGCUCCAUCUUCUCCAUCAUCACCACCAUGUAUUGAAACCAGUCAUCAGAUCUCUAGAGAAAAGUUGAUAGAUAAAGUGUUUGCAGAAAUUGCUAAACUUCUUGGCCGUGAUGUUAGCAGUUUUGCAAGGGCUCUUCCAUUUGACUUGAGUGAAAGUGAGCUACAACAUUUGAGGAGCCAAAGCAGAGAUAAUCUGGAAGAAGCUACCCUAAAGGUAUUGAAGCUAUUCAGAGAAAGAAAUCCUAAUAUUGAUCACAUACAGUCUGUAAUGCAAGCAUUGAAUGUCAUAAAACGCAGCGAAAUCCGCCGAAAAAUCGAAGUUAUUCUUUCAGCUAAUGCUAGAUGUUCUUAAGUGUCUUAUCACAUGGUUAUCUUCAGCCACGUGUCAAGGCUAUGUCUUUUUUUUCGGCCAAUGGUACCGUUUAAAAAAUGUACAUGUAACGACUUGCUGCCAUCACUAAAUUACGUCUGAUAUGUGAUAUGAAGUUGACAUUUACCAGAUAUGGCAUUCCCAAAACUUUCGAAAACGUGUUUCCCCUUGCCCCUAAGAUGCUAAGAAUUGUACGUACGUUUUGAAACACAAUAAACCUGAACUAUAGUUAUCGAAGUAA